AUGAACUUAUUGGAAGAAAGUCAUAAACCGGAUCAUCAAUCUCAUGAUUGUCCUGAAGAAACUGAUGGUGUUGAUAGUUUCCGUAGUUCUGGUGAUCAAAGAAAAAAUAAUCGAGCAAGUGAAUCUAUUUCUGACGAUAUUUUCAAUCAACCUGAUGCUCAUCCUUGUCCUCAACCAACUGAGCAUUAUGUUUCAUCCGCUUCACCAACAACCGAAAAUAAUAUAUUUGACGAAACAGUUACCAAAGGUCAAAAUUUUGAGAAAUAUCAUCAAACUCAAGUUCGCUGCACACCACUAAAGAAAGUCAAACCAAUUGAAUUAUAUAGAGAAGCUAUUUAUACAACACAAAUUUUAUCAAAUAUUCAUCGUGUCCAUUUUCAAGAAUUAACAACUAUUCAACGUUAUGUUAUACUUAGUAUACGACAACAAAAUGAUCUCAUUGUUUGUACUCAAAGUGGAUCUGGUAAAACAGAUGAAUUAUUUGCGCGAGACGAUCCGCCAUCACCACUUUGUCUUAUUGUUUCAGCUACACGUGACCGUGCUUUACAAACAGAAUGUGAGGCAAGAAAAUUUGCAUUUCAAACUGCUAUUAUACCGUGCUCUGGUGUUGGUGGUCAUGAUAUGUAUGUUGUAUUGGACCAGCUUCAAAAAGGUUGUCAUAUUCUAUCAGCUACUAUUGGUCAUCUUAAAGAUAUGGUUGGAAAAGAUCAAAUUUCAUUGAGAAAGGUUAAAUAUUUUGUUCUUGAUGAAGCUGAUCGAAUGUUAGAUGCAGGCGUUGAACUUGAUAUCCGUAAAUUAGAAGAUCUUGGUUUACCACCAAAAGAUAGCCGCUUUACAUCAAUAUUUUCUACAACAUUUUCUAAUGAAAUACAACAAUUAGCUAAACAUUAUCUGCGUACCAAUUAUGUAUGCCUUGAUGUUAGUACGCUUGAUGGUAUCGAUACAGAUAUUGCACAGACAAUUGAGGAAGUGUCGUCUUCGAAAAAGAAAGAUCGUCUUUUUCAAUUAAUUAAACAAAUUUCUAAAUCUGAACGUUGUUUGAUAUUUGUUGACACGAAACGAUUAGCUGAUUAUCUAGGUGCAUUACUUUCACAAAAACGUUUCAUGAGUACAACAGUGCAUGGUGAUCGAACGCAAAGACAACGACAGGAAGUUGUACAACGAUUUACAAAUGAAAAAUAUCCAAUACUUGUUGCAACAUCAGAUGUUGUUCGUGGUCUAAAUUUACCUCAAAUUGAUUAUGUUAUUAAUUAUGAUUUUCCAGAUACAAGUGACUUUGAUACAUGCCGUAUUGGUAUAGCAGGUCAAGCUGAUUAUCUGGGUAAAUCAAUAUCAUUUUUUGAUCCUGAUCGAGAUUCCGAUCGGAAAAUUGUACCUGAACUCAUAUUAAAAUUAAGCGAAGCUGAUCAAUGGGUACCUGAAUUUCUUAAAAAAUAUACUGAUGGUAGCCAAGUUCAACUUUAUAACGGUGAUCAUAGUUCACGAAAUCGCUGUAUGCGUUCUGGAGACGAUCAUACUGCUGGUGCAGCUCACAAAGAUUGGGAUUAA